AUGGCGCACCCAAUAAACCAGGCCAACGAGAACAGCCCCUAUGGAGGCCUAACAAGGGAAGACUUCUACCAGAAACACAAUGUUACUCACCAGGAAACCUUCAUUCUCAAUGCCCAGAAGAUGAAAAUCUUCACUCAGUCAUGGCGACCUGUUUCUGACUCAGAGCUCAAAGGGGUUGUCGCCAUGGUCCAUGGCUACACCUCUGACAGUGGCUGGAUAUUUGAGCUCACUGCCGUUGCCCUAGCCAAAUCUGGAUUCCUUGUUUGCUCUCUCGACCUUCAAGGCCAUGGCCGAUCCGACGGCGCCCCUGGUUCAAUCCCAGACAUCGAACUACUCGUUCUCGACUGUACUCUGUUUUUCGACUCUGUUCGAGAACAGAAUCCUACCCUCCCUGCUUUUCUGUACGGGGAAUCGCUAGGCGGUGCGAUUUCGAUCCUGAUUUGCUUGAAGCAAGAGGGGGUUUGGAGCGGAAUCGUGUUAAACGGCUCCAUGUGUGGAAUCUCGGCGAAAUUCAGACCGAUUUGGCCAUUGGAGAAGCUUCUUCCAAUAGCAGCGUCUUUAGCGCCGUCCCUGCGAUUGGUGGCAUCAAAGCCCCACGCAAGCAAGUCGUACAAGGAGGAGUGGAAGAGGAGAUUGGUGGCAAAAAACCCGAACCGACGAUUUUCAGGAAAGCCACCAAUGGCGACGGCAUUGGAGUUUCUCAGAGUCUGCAAGUACAUAAAAAUGAACUGCCAUGAAAUCAGGGUUCCAAUGUUGAUGGUUCACGGGGAAGACGAUGUGGUUUGCGACAGCGAGUCGGCGAGAUUUGUGUUCGAAUCGGCGGCGAGUGAGGACAAGACGUUGAAGGUUUAUCCAGGAAUGUGGCACCAGUUGAUAGGCGAGGCGAAUGAGAAUGUGGAGAUUGUUUAUGCCACCAUUUUCAACUGGUUAGUGGAUAGAGCAGAGAAGGCCAAGAACAAGAACAAGGACACCAAAAAGUGA